AUGACUCCGCGCGCCCACCGUCGAAAACUCGCCGCGGCGGCGCUCGCGGUCGCGUGCGUCAUAAUCUACCUCUGGAUGCUCUUCGCCUGGGAGACGGCCUGGGGCGUCGACCUGAAGCACCGCGACUCGCCGCCGUGGCUCGUCGGGACCUUUUGGGAGCUGCAGUGGGCCGUGGCCUGCGCGGCUUUGGUACUACUGGCGGCCCUGUGCGCGGCGGCCGAGGGCCUCGAGCUCUGGAAACGGCCGCCUCGGUACAAAGGCCCGCGCAUGUUCCGCGUCGGAGACAACGCGAGCCGCGUCGGGUUGCUGGCGUUGCUCCUCGUCGCGUGCCGCAUCAUCAGCCUCCACGCCGUGUCGCACAAAGUGGGAGGCCGCCGCGGCCGCGCGCCGUCGGCGAAGGCCUGGUUCUGUCAAAACGACGACAAGGUACGGUGCUUGAAAGGUCACGCGCAUCAAUUCGGCUGGGACGCCAUGGUGCCCAUGGCGCUGCUGGGCGUGCCGGCCCAGCAGUUCUCUCCACCCUUUAGAGCUAUAGGCCUCAGCCACGGGCGGCUGAAGCGGCUCGCGGCCGGCGGACGCUCGUCGUCGCCGCGGGCUCGGGCCUCGCGCCCGCCGCGGCGUUCCUGCGCGCAGUUCGGGCGGCGCGGCCCGAGUCUCGCGGCGCGCCGCACGUCCGGCUCGUCGCGAUCUGCCGCACGGCGUCGCAGCUCGAGAGCCUCGACGCGUUCUGCCUGCCGGCGACCGGACGCCUUGCUGAUGAGCCGGCCUGGGUGCAACGGGCGGGCGACACCGCGGAGCCGUGGCUCAGCAGUGAAAUUCACCUGACGCGCGCGCCGGACGCGCCGGCGGCCACGCACGCCGUUACCGAGAAAGCGACGCGCCCGAGCGCCGGCCGCGUCGUGGUCCGCCGCGACGGCGAGCGGCUCUUCGCCGUCGCCGCGCCGUGGCCGACGGACGCCGAUGCGACGGCCACGACGACGGCGUCGCCCCUCUUUCCGGACGCCGCCGACGAGACGAAGGAGGGGGCCGACGCCGCGCCGCCCGCGCCGCCGGGCCCUUCCGGCGCGGCGGGCGGCGACGACGCCGCCGCUGUGCUCGGAAGUGGGCUCGGCUUCCUGGCCGCGGCCUACGCCGUCGCCUGGCGCGAGGACGCGCCGUUCGCCCGCCACGGGAAAUACUUGUUUGACCGGCGCAAGGACGGCAACCCGAACGUCGUCUCGGGCGGUCUGAGCUUGAUUGUGUGCGCCGCCGCCGCGUUCGUCGGCGCGGUAAUUGCCCUGGCGGUUUCGGCGGGCAUACGGCGGCGGCGACGCCGCAGCUAUCGCUCCGCUGAGCUCGAGCUCAAGGACAUCGACGAGGCGGAUGCGGCCGCGGAGCUCGUCUUCGCGACCGUCGGCGCGCGGCCCGACCUCGGGGACAUUUUGCGAAGGGCGAAUGAGGAAUUGGGCGCGGACGCCGACGUCCUGAUCGGCGGGCCGCAGCGCCUGGUCGACGGCCUCGAGGAUAGGUUGAAGGACCGCGUCGUCGAGCGGAUGACGUGGGCCAUGUAACAAAUCCAAU